AUGGGUCGAUUUGAGGAAAAUGUUUGUAUGCCGAAGGAAGUUUUUGCCGCAUUGUGUGAGACAUUAGUAAAUGAUUUUGGGUUACAAGUCCCGCAACGUCCACAUGGCUUAGCUGUUGAAGAAAGCAUUACAAUGUUUAUCCAUGUGUUGAAAGGGAAGCAAAAUUGGGAAAUCCAAGAACGGUUCCAACAUUCUGGGGAGACUGUGUCUCGGCACGUGCAUAACGUAUUAACUUCCAUGAAAGAGUUCACUGUUGUUCAUUGUCGGCCCACAUACAGUCAGCAUCGUAUACAUCCAUACGUGCGGUCUAGACGGAAAUACCUACCGUUCAAGGACUGCAUUGGCGCAAUAGACGGAACACAUGUAAGUGCAUGGGUUACGGGGCUAGAUGCGGCAACAUAUUUCGGCAGGAAAUACUGUCACACGCAAAAUAUCAUGGCCGCUGUCGAUUUUGACAUGUGUUUCAUAUUCAUUUCGUGUGGAUGGGAAGGAAGUAUGCAUGAUAGUCGCAUAUUCAACGAGAUACUAACAAAUGACAAUGUCCCCUUCCCAUAUCCUGACGAAGGCAAAUAUUAUCUUGUCGAUUCUGGCUAUCCAAACCGGAUAGGUUACUUAGCACCAUUCAAAGGCCACCGUUACCACCAACAAGAAUUCCGAUGUAAUCCAACAACUGUUCACCCAAUCUGUGAUGAGGAAGAGGCUAUGACAAUAGUAAAUGCCAUACCAGAAGUUGAACAUGACGAGGAUGACUUAAUGGUUGGGGACGAAGACCCCCAUAUGGCAUUUGUGCGCCUUCACAUACGCGACAAAUUAUGUUACAUGCGUAAUAACGGAAUGUUAGGAAAUAUAUAA